GAUCUCCAUAGCCAUAGGCAUUACGUAAAAAAAAAAAAAUGGGGACGGAAGGCAUGGAUGAAGCGAGCAACAUGAAGGUGGUGUUGAAGCACUACGUAUCCGGUUCAGCGCAAGAAACCGACAUGCAUCUCACUGCGGGAACCAUGAAGCUUAAAGCCCCAGACGAUUCCAAUGCAGUCGUCGUCAAGAACCUCUUCCUCUCCUGUGAUCACUACAUGAUCUUCAAAAUGACGAAGCACGAUCGAUACGCCGAUCCCUAUCCUCUCGGUUCGCCUAUAACUGGAUAUGGCGUGGCUAAGAUUUUGGAUUCAGCACAUCCCGACUUCGCAAUUGAUGAAUUGGUCUGGGGAAUAACGGGUUGGGAAGAGUACAGUCUGAUUUCAGACACUACAAAUCUGAUCAAAAUCGAACACCCCGAUGUGCCUCUUUCAUACUAUACUGGAAUUCUCGGUAUGCCUGGGAUGACAGCAUAUGUUGGUUUCUAUGAACUUUGUGCUGCAAAGAAAGGAGACCAUGUGUUUAUUUCAGCUGCUUGUGGUGGAGUUGGUCAGCUGUUGGGGCAGUUCGCCAAGCUCCACGGUUGCCAUGUCGUCGGAAGUGCCGCGAGCCCCGAGAAGGUUGAUCUAUUGAAGAACAAAUACGGAUUUGACGAGGCUUUCAACUUCAAAGAUGAGCCGGACUACAAUGCUACGUUGAAAAGGUAUUUUCCCGAAGGCAUCGACAUUUACUUCGACAACGUCGGCGGUAAGAUGCUAGACGCCGUCCUACUGAACCUGAGGGCCAACGCUUGCGUAGUGAUGUGCGGCAUGAUCACUCACUACCACUUGGAACAGCCCGAAGGCAUCCACAAUUUGCCAUUGAUGGUGAACAAAGAAGCCCGGAUUCAAGGCUACCUUGCUGUGGAUUACUACCAUCUCUACCCCAAGUACCUUGAAACAAUCCUGCCAUUGAUUAAAGCAUCCAAAGUUGUGUACGUGGAAGACGUCGCAGAUGGCCUGGAAAAUGCGGCUAAAGCGCUCGUCCGGAUGUUAAGUGGCCGUAACGUCGGCAAACAGGUGGUUGCAGUUAACUUCUUGUGAUCGAAAUUCGAAUCC